AUCCCACCUGGCCAGAAAUCACCAAGAUGUGUGCAGUACUCAAGUCAGCAGUCAUCUUAAAUGCGAUGUUUAUAGUCUGCGUUCUGUGUAACAAACCAAUAGCAGAAACAACCAAAGGCCAAGUUGCGGGAUUUAAAAAAGAUGUCGAUGGCCAAGACGUGUACCUGUCUAUGGGUAUUCCGUACGCGAAACCUCCUACAGCGAUGCGGAGGUUCAAGCCUCCGGAAUCACCCGACACCUGGAAGGCGACUGGAGUCCUGAACGCAACCCACGCGAAACCUUCCUGUCCUCAAAAAAAGGAAAUGGUUAAGAUGGCAUUGGGGUCGGGCUUUGCGAUCGAGGAAAUUAGCGAAGAUUGCCUGUAUUUGAAUGUGUACACUCCAACAAAGAAACAGCCUAUGAAGUCCGAUUCUUUGGCCGUUAUUUUCUUCCUGCACGGCGGAGGUUUCCAGAUGGGAUCAGGAACCCUCUGGGACUAUUCCAUCUUAGCCAGAUACGCCAACGUGGUGGUUGUUUCCAUCAACUACCGUCUCGGAGUUCUGGGUUUCCUAGCAACGGAAGACUCGGCGGCGUCAGGCAACUGGGGACUUCUGGACCAGAGAAUGGCGCUGCAGUGGACACAAGACAACAUAGAAAACUUCGGAGGAGACAAAACUCGGGUGACGCUCUUGGGACAUGCGGCCGGAGCUUAUAGCGUCGGACUGCAUAUUAUGAGUCCAAUGUCUCGUGGGCUGUUUAAGCGAGCGAUAUCUCAAGCGGGUACUAUAAAAUCGCCGGCGCUGCUCAACACGAACACUCUGAGGAGAGUGAAGCCUCUCGCCAUGAUGGUCAAAUGUCUGCCUAGAGGGACAGCUUUUGAUUCAAAGAAGGUCGUGGCUUGUCUGAGAAAGGUUCCAUUCUCGGAACUUCUCAAACACGACGCCCACACUUCCGGCAAGUUCACGGCGACUGUCGACGGGCACUUCCUGCCUGCUGAUCCCAUCGAACUACUCAGACAAGGCAACUAUGUCCCAGUGGACUACAUUAUGGGCGGAAACAGCGACGAAGGGUCAAGCGUUGCCGCCAAAAUUCCUAACUUUUACAAAGGUGAUGGACUCAACAAGACGGAUUUCGAAAAAUAUAUAAGCAAUGCUGUUCCGUAUGCACUUACCAAGCCGAUACCGGACGCCGCUAAAAGUGCGCUAAGGGCAGUAAUCUCUGCAAAAUAUUUCCCAAGGGAGGUAACUCCAAGUGCGUUUCGAAAAGCCUACUUGUCUGCUUUAGGGGAGGUGAUACUAAGCAUGAUGAUGAAGAACGCGCACUAUUACUCUAAUAAAGGAACUGUUUUCCUGUACAAGUUCACGCACAGGCCAUCGAACGCUCGUUUCCCUAAGUACGUGGGGGCGGGCCACACCGAGGAACUUCAGUUCAUCUUCGGUUAUAUUUUGAAGAACGGAACAAACGAUGAGAAGAGGCUGUCAGCGGAUUGGAUGAAAACCUGGGGAGACUUUGCCAGGACAGGGUAA